AUUAGGUAAACAGAGCAAUCAAAAAAAUUAACAUCAAAUUGUGUAAUUCUACACGUCAAAGGUCGAUAAUAAAAAACAAUGCACAAAUGACGCUGCAACGACAUAGAACGAACUUCCUACAACAAAAUAGAAAUAGUUGCAACAAUCAAACUAAAAGCUGCCACCCGCCGACUGCCCCCAAAUGGGCAAACAUAUGCACAAUACUCCUCCUCUGUCUGCUGUUGUCGUCCUGCCAACUGGGUCGUGCACAACAACAACAGCAAGCUCGACAGGGGCAGCAACAACAACAACAGCCACCCCAUUCGGAGUUGGAGUCAGUUGAACUGCUGCAGGACGACAACGAUAUCGAAUUCGCCAGUCUCGAUGGCGCCACACAGCUGCUGCCAGCAACUCGUCACAGCGUCGACGCCACAGCGGCGCCACCAUCGACGCCAGCCCUCCUGCUGACAUCAUCAUCAUCCUACACGGAGCUCCAAGGCGGCGAGAUUCUCAGCGAGCGCAUAUUGCGGCUCAGCGAGAGCCCGUACCUAGCACGCGAUGACCUGGAGGUGGUGCGGGGCGCUCGUCUGACCAUCGAGCCGGGCGUGACCGUUGAGUUUGCCCCCACCAAGGGACUCAAAGUGCGCGGCGUGCUACAAGCUGUGGGCACUCCCACAGCGCGUAUUGUGUUGAAAUCACAAAGUAACACUGCCAAUUACAAAAUGGAGCUGCCAGAUGAUCAGGAAAAGGGCAUCCGAUUGGUGGAUGGACCAACACCCGUCGAGGGACGACUUCAGCUAUUCCACAAGGGCGCCUGGCGUUCAGUUUGCUCCAAUUCAAGAAACUGGACAAUGGCAGACUAUGCUGUGGCCUGUAAACAGAUGGGCUACAAGGGUGGUCGUUUCUGGAACUGGGUGGAACGGACAGCUGGCAUCUAUCCCCGAUUGCUGUACGAGCAGCCCAAGUGCCGAGGGGUUGAGAAUAGUUUGCUGGACUGUGCGUGGAGUUCACGGCAAAUGGGCGCCGGAUCGUGUGACUACCACAAUGAUUUGGGUAUUCAGUGCCAGCCGGUGCACUCGGAGCCACUGGCUCACUGGGGUGGUCUGUACUUUGACAAUGCGCCCUCGACCAAAUCCCUGGGCAAGGAUAACACAGUAUACGCCGCUCAAUCCGAAUCCCGUCUCAAGUAUGUGGACAUUAUUCGAGCGGGUAACGGAGCUGGCUUCAGUGCAAAGUCGGCGCUGGAAGUUCAGGGAUUGCCACCGCAAAUGGAGCACGUGGUGAUCAGUCAUUCGGCGUACACAGGCUUCAACAGCACGCGACCCUGGGCGGGCUUCCAGCUGCAGAAUGUGACGGUGCGCAAGAGCAACGGCAUCGGCAUCUUUGUCAACUCCAGCCAGGGUCUGGUGCAGCUCGACGGCUGCUCGGUAGUCGAUAAUGCAGCUGAUGGUGUCAAGUAUGUGGGUCACGAUUUGCGGGGCACGGAGCGUACAGAUCGGGCUAGCAUCUAUGACUUUUGCACACUGCCCACGACAUCGGGUCAGACGUAUCCCAUCUCCCUGUCCUACACACAGAAGUACUAUGCCGGCUCGGCAAAGGAAUGCGGCAAAUACUUCUUCACUCGACCCGGAUACUAUCUCACCCUGCACUUUGAGCACUUUGUGCUGCAGCAGAACGAGACGGCCACCGUGGAGAUAUUCGAUGGUGCCUCCACCAACGAUCGCCUGCUGUUUCUGUGGCAUGCGAGGAACUUUACACGGCCACAGAGUGUGACCAGCACAAGGGAUAAGAUGUUUGUGAGAAUCCGCGCGGAUGCACGUCGCGAGUUGAAUGGCUACUUUAGAAUCACCUCGGGUGACUCUGUGGCCUACGAUCUGCGGCUCGUGCAGUCCACCGUUGAGGAUAAUGGUGGACGUGGCGUGGCCAUCGAUAAUAUACGCUCCAAGCUGCACGUUCAUGCGAGUUCCGUUUCCGGCAAUGGUCAUGUUGCUGGAGUGCAUGUGACCAGCGGUGCGGGUGACGUCAACAUCACCAGCAGCAACAUUAGCUUUAACAAUGGAGCCGGCGUCAACAUCACAUAUUAUGGCGGAAAUCGGAAUAUCUCCCGCUCGGCCAUCAGCUCGAAUCGUGGCUAUGGAUUGGCCACUUGGCUGAAUCACACCACCGAUGUAGAACGCAUUGAGUAUAUACCCUUUAAUCAGACCACUGUGGUGGAGUACUCACAGAUUGGUGGCAACCUGGAGAUGGGCGUCUUUCAUGGCAACUACUGCCAACCCAUUUGGGUAAACAUCACGGGGAAUAGCUUCAAUGGCAGCCAGCAGAACGACAUCUUCAUCGAGUCGUGCUACCAGGCCACGGCGAAUGGUCAGCCGAAUAUGCAGCUCCAGCUGGGACACAAUAUGUUCAAGUACAGCCAGGCGAAUGCCAUCUAUCUGAGCCCCGCCCUCAAUCUGCACGGUCGCAUCGAGUACAACAUGUUUCGGUUCGGUGCCUAUGGCUGCAUUUAUGUGAACAACGAUUACAUCUACCAGGAAUUCAACUAUCUGCCUGUUAAACUGAUCAUUCAGAGCAACUACUUUAUGCGCAACAGUGGACUCCAUGUCGUAUCCCUCGCUGUGUCCCCCUCCAGCCGGACCGAGGUACAGUAUAUACUCUUCACGCGUAAUUUCGUUAAGGGCAACAAUAUCACGGAGGCCUUUGGACCGCUUAUCGCCGGGAGUGAGGGCAGCGAUGGCGCCGGACGUUUGAAUCCUCGUUCUCGAGUCGCUGCUCCAGUUGUGGUCGGUUCCAGCAAUGUGGACAUCUUUCGUAACAUAUUACACAACUUGGAUUCGGCUUAUGAGAUUGGCUCCCAGCUGACGGAUCAGAGUCAGAUCAUCAAUGCCACCUGCAAUUGGCUGGGACACACGGACGAGAAUCGCAUCUAUGCAAGGCUCUUCCAUCGCAACGAUCGCUACAAUCUGGCCAAGAUUAACUAUAUACCCUAUCUGCUGCACAACUCGAAUCCUGGCUCCACUGCAAUGAUCACCGUUUCCACAGUAGUCCCUCGUUUCUUUCACGAAGGUACCGACGUAAUUGGUGGCGAGGUGGACGGUCAGGACAUGGUGCCAGCGGGCACCUACACUGUGACCAAGGACAUCAACAUACGGCCAGGUGGCAAGCUCAUCCUGCAACCGGGCACAACGUUGCGCUUUGAGCCCAGUGUAGGCAUGAUGGUCGCAGGCAAACUGGAGGCGCGCGGUCGCCGUCCUGACGACAUACUCUUCACCCUGAAAAGGGAGACCAUCAUUGGGGAGCACAACGAUACGGAAACGAUUGAUUUAGACACUGAAACGGAGGCCAUCGAUAUGGAGACGGAGAUGAUGCCCGCAGAUGGAAAGCCGCGGGUGCCAGUGCGUCUGGUGGGUGGAGCGGGUGCUCAUGAGGGUCGACUACAGCUGUACCUGAAGGGUCGCUGGGGCACCGUCUGUGACUAUGGCUGGAAUGUGCUGAAUGCGGCUCUCGUUUGCCAUCAGCUGGGCUACUCCCUCAAUCCUAUGGACUGGAGACUGCUGCGCUCGCAGCUACCCAAUGCGGGCACCUCCGAGGAUGUGCUUGUGGCAAAUGUGCGCUGCACACCACACGAUCGCGACGUGACCAAGUGUCGGGCGGAGUACGACUUCGAGAACAGCUGCAGUCAUGAGAACGAUGUCGGACUGCGCUGCUACGAGGGCGCCUGGGCAGGAGUACGUUUCAGCAUGCUGGCGGAGCGUGCUGAUCUGCAGUACGUGACCGUGGAGAAGGCGGGCCUGUUUGACUACACCACCAAUGCCUUUAAGCCGGCGGUGCAAAUGGAUCAUGCCCGUCACAAUCUGGAGAACGUGCGGGUGGUUAACAAUUUACAGGAUGGCCUGGGCAUCAUCUAUGCGGACAUCUAUGCUGGGAAGUCAGUGAACAAUAUUAAGAACUCUGAGUUCUCAGGGAAUCGCGGCAGCGGCAUCAGCUUCAAGCAGCUCGACUUUCGCAUCUCCGGCUCUAUUAUCAAGGAUAAUCGUGGCAGCGGCAUCUCCCACGACGCAGUGAUUGCCUCGCUGGAUCAGAAAGAGAUCGGCGGCUGGUUUAAUAUGGCCAGGGACUUUAAUGCUUACGACACGGACUACGAUCCGUAUCUGCUGCCCCAUGAGAUCUCGAACAUUGAUCUGGGCACCUUUGAGCACAAGUACAUACGUACCGAGGAGCUGCUCGGCCAGUCCGUCAGUCGCAAGAUUGUGGUACAGUGUCCAGCCGGCUAUGUCAUUGGCAUACAGCUCCUUAAUCCCAUACAUAAUCUAUCCACGGAGAGCAUUAGCAUUUUGAAUGCCCGCACGGAGAACAUACGCAGCGAUCUGUGGCAGGUGAAACGUGAUCUGAAUAUUUUCCCAGCAACCAGCAGCAGCUAUGGCAUUAUCAUCUACUACGAAAGUGGCUUACAGGCUCUGGGCGGCGCUGUGCUCAUGCUCAGCACAGUUACGGCACCCGUGCAGAACGUACGCAAUCGGAUUGUAAGCGGAGCGGUGCCCACAUUAACCAUACGCUCCACCAAGAUACAAAAGAAUCAGCGCGGCAUUACGGGAUAUUACUAUAAUCGAUAUAUCGGAGACAAUGGAGAGUAUUAUCUGCGCAAGGCCAACGAGUCGAUAAAGCUAAUCAACUCGGAGCUGAGCUUCAACGAGCGUGAGGCCAUCCUCAUCAAGUCACCCUUCUGGGAUGUCAUCUCGAGUAAUCUGUCAGAGGUCACCCUACACAUCAAUAGUUCGCUCAUCAGCCAGAAUGGCUUUGGCAUACGCCAGAUGUCCAAGGAUUUGCGCUCGUCCAAUAAUCUGUUCCAUUAUGUGAUUCAGGACAGCACUGUGGAGCAGAAUACACAUGGUGGCUUCCAGGUGGCUCUACCCUAUGUCUGGCAAUACAAUGAGAACUUUACGCACUCAAUUUACUUUGGGAACAGCACCUGGCAGCGCAAUCGCAACUUCCACAUAGGUGUCUUUGGCCACUAUACGGUCUUUAAUAUAACCUCAAAUGUAUUCCGGGAGAAUAACUGCCCCGGUGCCCUGAUAGCUUUAGAUGGCAUGGAGAAGCGUCUUCGCUUUGAUAACAAUCGCUUCGAGGCGAACAGUGCCAGAUUUGUACUGCUCUUCAAGGCGGACAGCCUUAGCGAGAUCAUUGGCCAAGUCCCGGCCAGCAUUGAGUACAACACCUUCAAGGGCAACAACAUUGUCACAAUGAUGGCCGACUAUCGGCAUUAUAUGAGAGCCGCCCGACGUGUUCGCAAACAACAUCGGUUGCCCAGCGCAGUCAUCCGAUUGGAUGGUGUGCAGAAUGUGAAACUCUAUCGGAAUCUCAUUGCUGACAAUGAAAUGGAUUACAAUUUGGUAGCAGGUGUGAGAUCUGCGCGUUUGAACAACUACUUUUAUGCAGCGGAGAAUUGGUGGGGUUCCAGGGAUGCCGCCUACAUUGAGUCGAAGAUCUUUGGCUUUGACAACUGGAACGAUCAUGCUGACGUCAUCUAUCAGCCCUUCCUCAUCGAGGAUAGUUACGAUGCGAGCGUCUCUGUGGUGGCACCACUUAACGAGGACGUCAACCUGGCCACCUAUCGCGGAGGCCGCGUCUAUCGGGAUCUCACGCUGCCCAAACAGGCGACACCCUACUAUAUAGCAUCGGAUAUAACCGUUAUGCCGGAUACUACGCUGACCAUACAACAUGGCGUCACGCUGGAGUUUGAGCCGAAUGUGGGCAUCUUAGUGCUGGGCACCCUAAUUGCUACUGGCUACAAGGAGUCACCAAUUGUUAUGCGUCCGUACAGGAAUGCCACCAAGGAGUCCCUAGUUCAAGCACCGCCACUCCGCAAACGUGCCCUCGAGGAUAUGAGCGCUGCCCUCACCGAUUUUGACUCCAUACGCCUGUGCACGAGUGCCAGCAACUGUACGGGAGAUGCGGAUGGUCUGUUUGGCCUGAACGAGGGCUUUCUGGAGUACUUCAAUCACACGACACUCCAGUGGGUGCCCAUUUGUGAUGGUCGGUUCACGGAACGCAAUGCGCAGGUCGUUUGCCGAGAGCUGGGCUAUGAUCCGCUCAAUGUGUACUAUGGUCACGACAGGCGCAUUGAGUUCCACACCAAUUCGCUGACACGCAUCUGGUCCUGGGUGCAGCCCCUGGAGUGCCGUGGCGAUGAGGAGCGCAUGGAGGACUGUUCCGAGCGUCUAAAUGGACAACUGUACGGUCAUCGUCACGAGUGCCGCUGGGAUGACGUCUUCGUCUUUGUCAGCUGCAAUGGCAUUGCCGACGAUGAUGUCUACUGGGGCGGCAUUCGGUUCGCCAACUCCAAGUUCGAGGAGAUUCAGUACGAGCAUCGGUUGCAUAACACACGCUCCCAUGGACAGCAGAAGCAGCGCGAGAGCCAGCUAGAGUUUGUACGCAUCGAGCAGGCGGGCAUUCUGCACAAUCACAAGGCAGCUGCCAUUCAGGCGAUCCACAAGAAUCCCUCCAUUAGCUCUGUCAGCAUUGCGAACUCUGCCAACGAUGGCAUCAACUUGAUAGCGCCCAGUGGCAAACUGAACCUCAACCAUCUGAAUAUCAACAGGACUCUCGGUACGGGAAUCAGCAUUGUCUCCCUCAGUGGAGAGGGUCGCGAUAGCGAUGAGUCUAGCUUUACGCCGCUCAUGAAACUGGAUUUGCCCUACAAGCUCUUUUCGCUGGUGGACAUCUGUGAUCCCCAGAAAGUGCUGAGCAUCGAGGAGCGUAUGCUGGUCUACUACAAGUAUGACAAUAAUCCCGUUAACUGCGUCAAGAUCUUCACCUCGGCUUUUCGCGCCAAGCCCAUUGGCUUCCGACUGCUGCAAUCAAAUCUGUUCAAUCACUCAAAGCUUUACGGACGCACCGACUUCAUUAAGCUCUACGACGGAGAUAUCUAUAAUAUUACAGCCACGUAUCUGGGCAAAAUUGAAUCGGAUACGGACAAUCAGCGCUCCUUCUUUAAGACCAAGGGUCCGACGUUGAGUUUGCAACUGGUCGCUAGUGGCGCCCCAGAGACACACGGCUUCAUAGCAGAGAUAGUUACGGUGCCCAUUUCCACUUUGGGACAAUAUCGCGAUGCUCUGCACAACAUAACGGAUAGCCACAUCUCGGGUGCUAUGAAGGGUGCCAUUAGCUAUGCAUCGGCGGGUGAGGUGACACCAACGUUAACGCUUAUCGGCAACCGCAUCGAGAGAAACUGCAAGCAGCUCUAUGGCAAUUUUUCAACGUGCACCUCGGCGCUCAAUUUGGAUGUGCAGAACAUGAAUUCACUUUACUUUAUGAACAAUCUGCUCCUUGAGAACCAGGGAGGUUUACGCAUACGUGCGGAUUCCCGCGGCACGGCGACCUCAUUGCGUGGUUUCGUCCAUUAUAAUCUUUUUAUGCGGAAUCGAAAUCGACCCGCUCUGUUUGUGGAGGGUCGACAAUCAUCGCCGUACCAGGAGGUCGAGCUGUAUCGCAACUACUUUGCCCAGAACAUGGCGGGCUACGAGGAGGUCAUUCGACUCUGCCAGGUGGUCUCCAACUUUAGCCACAACUAUGUCCACAGCAAUGUAGGCGGACGCAUUAUGGAGGUGUCCGGAUUUGAGAAGGUGCGACUGCAGAUCUACCAGACAACGGCGCAUAAUGGUUUCUAUAGGAAUGUGGCCACCAACUGGAUGUCGCGAGCCACCAUUGUGGCAGGUACUGCGGGUCAACAGUACGUGGACAACAUAUUCGAGAACUAUGAGAAUGACUACGAGCUGCUGACAGUCAAUAACUCGAUUAUGAGCUUUGAUUAUGAAAACAGGACCUUUGAAACGUGGAGCUCCAAGAUAGAUGCUCGACACAAUUAUUGGAGCUACAACAACACAAUUUCGGUGCAGUCGCGCAUUAGGGAUAAGUCCGAUGAUCCAAUGCUGCUGGAAGUGCUUGCAGUGCCAUUCCAAAUGAACAACGAGACCAUUUUGGAUGGCAAGUGCCCACCCGGCUGGGCACUGGUGCACGACACGUGCUUCAUCUAUGUCGGUGCGCCGAUGACCUUCCAUGAGGCUCGCGACUUUUGCCGCUCGGAGAACUCAACGAUGCCCUUCAAACGCACCGAUAGCACCACCUUGUGGAAGUAUCUGCAGAGCCAGAUGCGGCAUUUGAAGUAUCCGGAGAAGGUCUGGAUACAGGACUACAAUCACAUCGAGCGCUGCACGAGCUUCGUUUUUGGCUCGAUCGAAGUGGAGGACUGCAACAAGGAGCGAGGCUUCAUCUGUGAAAUGGAUCCAAGGGUCAUCAUCGAUCCAUUAUCGUGGCGCGCGGACAUUUUUGCCAUAAGUAUUAUCUCGGCCUUUCUGCUGGCCAUCAUUCUGCUGAUCCUGGUGGCCUUCUGCUGGUUCGCCAAGUCCAAGCAUCGUCAUGUGCAGCGCCUGCAGCGACGCAACAGCAUUCGCCAGAGCCUGCGCAGCCUCAACAGCAUCGAUCCCCAAGGAUCGCUGCGCCGUCGACCCAAUUAUAACAUGUCCAACAGCAAUGGCACUUUGUCCAAGAGUCAGGACUACAAGCAGAUGGUGGCCAAUGGCUCCAUCGACUCCAUGGACAAGAGUGUGCUCAGCUCGGAGGCGGGCAGCUUUGAGGGCUAUGACCAGAAGCCCCACUACAACGAGUAUGUCAAUCAGAAUUCACUUCGUCCCGCCGCACAAGAUCAACAGCAGCAGCAGCAGCAGCCUCACAAGGUGGCCACCAUUUCGAAGGGCACCUCACAUCGCGCUCGAGCAGCAGCUGCAGCAGCAGCCCUGGAGCCCGAUGCCUUUGAGCUGAGCUAUCGCAAUGAGGGAUUCCGCGACAACUCAACUUAUGGCGGAGGCACGAGGGCGAACUCUAUUAGCACCAGCGUCGCCGAGGACACGCCCAUCAUACAUCAGACAGAUGCGGAGACUGAGGAGUUGGGCUCGGAUUAUUAUGGAAAUGCCAGCACGUUGCCCUUACGCACAGAUACGGGAGGCAGCAGCAGCGUGGUUGGGCGUCGUGGCCAACCGGGUCUGGCGUUCCUCAGUGAACUGAAGCAGAAUCUGCCGGAAUAUCAGCAGCGUAGCUCGCACAGCAGCUUUAUGCCGCAGCGCAGCAGCGGAGAGUCUCUGCCCUUUGACCAGAAACUCGAUCAGUUCAACUACUCCACAGAGUCGUCGCUGUAUCGACCAGCUCCAGCUGUGCCGCAGCAGCAAGCAUCUCCGGCGGACAUGCGACGUCCGGACUCUUAUUAUACUGCCGUGCGGAGCAGCAAGGCGCCCGCAUCGCAUUAUCGCACGCCCAGGCCGCUGGCACAGCCGCCGGCUGCGCCCACAAUGCACACGGCGCGUCCAAAGACUGUUUACCAAACUGCAACACCGGAAGUUCCGCGCACAGCACCCGUAGCCACGCCCACUGCCAAUCCGUAUCACCGCUCCAAGUCGGAGGCGCUGCUCGAGACGGAUUUUGAUAGCGAGGGAGGAGAUGGUGGCCUUAUGCCUCUCCACACCAACGGACGCAGUCACAGCCAACCCUUAGAGACGGCCAUGUAAUGGAUCGAACCUCCCUCCCUCUCCCACCUGCCCCCUGUAACCCUUCAUUCUAUAUUUAAAACUCAGUUUUAGUUUUUCAUAAAAUACUUUUAAAUAGACGAGACGAGAUUAUUUUAGCCGACGAACGAGAGACGAACACCACACCUUGUUUUAUGUAGAGAACUUAAAGCAUUCCAUUCCAUCCAUUAGUUAUAAACAUAAUUCAUAAACAUAAAGCAAGCAACGAUCGCGAAAGAAAAAGAAAAGCAAAUCGAAAAAAAAAAUAGUAAUAAAUUGUUGUAUAUAAUUGAUAAUUCUAAUAAAUUUAAAAACAAUUAAUAAGACAAUGCAAAAAAGAAAUUAAAUAAAAUGUUAACAUUAAA